AUGUCAUUCAUCUUGAAGGGAGUUGCAUAUAUUACUGGUGCUGGCUCUGGCAUCGGACAGCACACUGCGUAUGCUCUUGCAAAGCAGGGAGUACGCUCAUUCGCCCUCGUCGAUCGCAACCCCGUAUCAAAGACAGUCGGCGAACUAAACAAAAUAUCGCCUAACGUCUUGGUCAAGGAGUUCGAGUUAGAUGUUACCGACGAAAAAGCUGUUGAUGAUAGCAUAGAAAAGACUGUCAAAGAAUUCGGUAGAUUGGAUUACGCGGUCAACAAUGCGGGAAUCGGCGGCAUGAUCAAGACGUCGGAUCAAAUACCAAGAGACCACUUCGAGAAGGUCAUGUCUGUGAAUACGAUUGCUGUCUGGCAAUGUCAGCGCGCGCAGAUCCGACAGAUGCUGAAGCAAGACAAAUUGUCAGACUCUUAUCGCUCUUAUCGGGGGUCCAUUGUCAACGUAGCAUCCAUGUACGGUGUAGCAGCACCACCGCUUAAUAUCCCGGCUACAGCAUACGCUACAAGCAAACAUGCAGUUGUCGGUCUGACCAAAUCUGAUGCACUCACAUUCGCCCACAAAGGCAUCAGGAUCAACGCCAUAUCCCCUGGAUAUGUGCUGACGCCGCUGGUCCAGGAAACCAUGAGUAAAGGCGACAUGAUGGAGCAAGAGAGGUUGAAGGUUCCAAUUCAUCGCUACUCAGAAAUGGAAGAGAUUGGCGAUUGCAUCGCAUUUCUGCAUUCCGAUGCGGCUAGUUACAUGAUUGGGGCCAACUUAGUUGCAGAUGGAGGAUACACAGUCCUAUAG